CUCAACGCGUAAUGCUGCCGUGUAGCUUAGUAGUUGUUGCUGUGAUAAUCUCAUGCAACUUAUCGGUUGCAGUGAAUGACACUAGGUACAGCGAAAGCAGCUGCCUGCAGCGGCUGGUCAAUUAUCGCGAGUGCUGCAGCAUGCCCCGGCUGCUGCCGGAGCAAGUGAUCGAGACCUGCCGAGCGCGACCGCUACCAACCGCAAUUCCGGGCGUACCCGACCCACUGCCGGAAAAUUGUAUAGCCGAGUGUGCACUGAACGAAACGGGCAUCCUAUUUAACGGGCAGUUUCGUGUGGAGCAGGCGGUGAAGGCACUCUCCACCCAGGUGCCGAACGAUACGCUCACCUGGCAGCACGUCAUCGAGGUAGCCUCGAAGAAGUGCUACAUGAUAACAGUGGCCGACACGUUCUAUCUACGCGAUGUGGCGAAAAAUUUAAUAUCACCACAAUGCAUUCCGUCCUCCUUCCGGUUUCUUCAGUGUACCUUCUCGAUCGUGUACAGGGACUGUCCGGACAUCUACUGGAACUACCAGAACGAUCGGUGUGGCCAGUUUGUGGUAGCGCUGAACAACUGUUACUACCUGUUUCGUCACAUAUGGGACAUCUGACGCGAGAGAGUUGAAUAAUUUGCGCAGCGAAAAAGAAAUAAAAUGUAACGCCAACUGCAUUCCUCAAUAAAGCAACACAAAACGU